AUGGCCACAUUGGACACAAGAAGCUCCGCUCCUGAGCAACCGCCGUCGACAAUCCCGACGAAGGCCCCCGUCCGGCUACCCCGCGUUGCGAUUCAGUUUUGCACACAGUGCAAGUGGAUGUUACGGGCCGCAUAUUUUGCCCAGGAGCUCCUGUCGACAUUUGGACCGGCCCUGGGGGAGGUCGCUUUGCAGCCGGCGACCGGUGGCGUCUUUGCAGUCACCAUUGAGACGGCCGAUGCGGCAUCGAGCACGGGGACGGCUGCCCCGCGCCUCUUGUGGGACCGUAAGACGGAAGGCAGGUUCCCCGAAACAAAGGAACUGAAGCGGCGCGUGCGAGACGUCAUCGAGCCGGGCCGGGAUCUCGGGCACGUGGACCGCAACUACGGGAAGGCUGCUACUGCGCCCGCUGUUCAGGCAGCCCCUGCCCCCAUGGCCGAAGCUACACCGACGGGCGCACCACCGUCAGUGGCUGGUGACGCCGAGACCAAAGACAAUGCUGAUGCAGCACCAUUCUGUGAAGAUUGCCAGUGA